AUGUCGCGGACUGCGAUAUCACCAAACAGUGCCACUGCUCUUGCCCUUGCCGACCCCGAUGUCCUGGCAGGCUUCUACAGCUUUUUUUCCCGCGCCUUCGACGACGAUGAUAUCACUACCACGGCUGAUCCCGCGCACAACAACAACAAGCGCGGUGCAUCCAACGACCACGAUCCACGGCGCUCAAAGCGCCUAAAGGCGACAAAUGCCAAAGCUGUGCCGCCCAGCGACCCGGGCGACGAAGACUCUGAGUCUGAGGACGACGAGUCUGGACAUGGUGAGGGGUUGGUUGAAGCCCCCAGCUUUGCCAGGCCCAUCGAUUACACAAACCAUGUCAUCAACAACUCGGUCGACAAUGCAGUGCGCACGGUCAUUCCCGGCCCAAAGAGCCUGCGCACGGGGGGAAUGGGGUACGGCGUGGGCGCAGGGUUUCGACCCGAGAUGCUCGACAAAUUCGUCCUGGGAUACCCCGGGGCGAAUCGAGCGACAUUUGGCGCCUACGCUGAAAGCGGAGCCAUGCUUGCCGCCAGUCCGGGCUGCCUGUCCCUUUCCCUCAGUGGCGCUACCCCGCACAGCGCCCACAUGCGCUUCGCGGUCUGUGGCGACCUGAUGCACAUUCCGAUGGGCUCAACAUUGGGCCUGCUCUGCGGAUACGCAGACGUCGGUGCCCUCGGUCUCAUUGCCGACCUCCGCGCUAGUUUCCCCGAGGUGCCACUUUUGGCUCUUACGGAUGCCAACCCCCAGGGCCUGGACAUUGGCUUUGCCGGGGAGCUGGUGAGGAGUGGCAUCCUGCGCGACCCGAGCAUUGGGCGUGGCGCGAUCAUGUCGACGGGCGGAUUCGCGGAUAUCGGCACUCUGGCUGCCAUCGCCAACCUCCGGGCAGCAUUUCCUGCAAUCCCGAUGCUGGCGCUGACGGACGCCAAUCCGCACGGCCUCGACAUUUUGGCCAACAUCCAGCAUGGACCGAGGGGCCCGCCCUUCCGUGCGGACGGCAAGUGCACGCCCAGCGUGCAACGAGCCGGUGUCAAGUUUAUGGACCUAACCAAUAAAUUCGACAUGUGCGAGAGCGAGCUCGAGACGUUCAACAAGAGCGACGUGAAAUGCCGUCGAGCGCGUGGGCAUCUCCUUUAUUGGGAUCACUUUCGUGUCUUCGAAAUGACACCCAGUGAGAUGACGACGUUUGGCAAUGGUGACGCUACGACCAGUGUGGGCCAGAUCCAGGACCGCGUGAUGGACACAUCGAUGAGGGAGGAUGCAACGGCGAUGGCAGAGGCGCACCUGAAAUGCAACAUGAACACCGAUCCCUCGGCAGCCGACCAACAGCCACCUCCCAACAACACGCGCCGCGCCUCCGACGAGCGCGAUGCUCCACGGCACACGAAGCGCCUAAAGACGGGAGCGGGCCAUGUCGUCGCGCCCAGCGACACCAGUAAUGGCAAUUCUAAGUCUAAGGACGAGGAGUCUGCGCAUGAUGGUGGUGUACCAGGUCCAGCGCCCAGCUUCACCACACCCCUGGACUACACGAUAGACGUGAUCCGGGAGUCCAUCGACUACAGGCUCCGAACUGUCAUUCCGGGACCCAGAAGUUUGCGCACUGGCUCUCUUAUCGCGGGAAGGCUUUGGGGAGGCGGUGCGCAAGGUCAGUGUCACCCCGUCGCCAAGUCGACGUUUACGCCCUGUACGCCUGGGCGAAUGGACGUCGUGCCUUCUGAUCCUCUGACCCUCGGAUCUCUGAAACCCUCACUGCAGGCAGGCGGACGUAGAGAGCGUCACCAACCUAUGCCACUCACUCAUUGGACUCUUGCGAUUGCAGAAAAUGACCAAUCGCUUUUCGCAGACCACGGAGAUCAGCCAGGGCCGUGGUGGGCCAGCUCUCACAACACACCUUCGAACCCGCCCGCUGCUACCCCCACGUCGAACGCGCCCGCUUCGACACCCACGAACCCGCCCGCCCCCACGUCGAACCCGCCUGCUGCUACUCCCGCCGCCACCGACGCGCCUGCUACGGCGCCAGAGCCACCAAAAACUGGCCGCGAGGUCGUCGAGGACCUGUUCCACGUUGUCCGCAAAACCCACCAGGACGGCGGCGUCGUUAAAAACGUGCAAGGCGAACAAAAGGCCAUCCUGGAGCGUGUCGAACAACGUCUGGAGAACCUCGAGAAGCGUAUGGACGUUCUCGAGAGUGGUCCCGCGCAGCAAAAGCGUCAAGAGGAGAAGAUGGAUCUAGUGCUCUCGGCACUGGAGCGCAUCGAAACCCACCUGGACACCAGGCCGGCCUCAUCCCCCUCAACCAACACGGCCAGAUCCCCUACAACGCACCCCCUCCUUUGCCUAACGGACCCCAAUCCGUACGGCCUGAACCUGCUGGUCACGGUCAAACACGGUUCAAGACACGCACCACACCGCGCCGACAAUGGACUCACACCGCGCAUCGUCCCGCUUCUGCGCUGGACUGACCUCAGCAGCGCGUUCCACAUGACAGCGGAUGAAUUGUGCCCGUUUGAAAAGUCCGACAAAGAGAUGUGCAAGGGUCUCCUCGCCGAUGAGAGAUUGUCCGUAGAAUGGCGUGAUGAGGCCAAGUUAAUGGCGGAAAGCGAACGAAAGUGCGACAUUGAAGCUAUCAAGGGUGGCAAGUGGGUUGUGCACGAGUUCCUCGUACAAAAGAUCUGCCAGCAGCUGGCAUCCAACCCUUAG